CCUAGGAAAGCCCAUGUGCUUGUGUUUUGUUGUUUUGCUCGCUUGAAUUGUCGCCCGGCCGGCCGAUUUUCACCCGGAUUUGGCGCGUCGCCGGCCGAAAUGGACGCCGAACUGAGUCUGAACGUCUUCUCGGAGGCCCCGGCCAGGUCGGCCGCCAAAAAGACGAAAGAGAAGAAACGCGCUUUGGAGAGUGAAAGUGAGGAUUGGGCUGAGCGACCGAAGAAGGUGCGGAAGGAGGGCGGCGAGGGGAGGGUGCGGAGGGGAGGCGUCACCUCGUCCCUUUUCACCAACAACCCUGAAAUCCCGCGCCUGCCGCCGCCCAACGUCAAGAAGCAAAAGCACCAACCCCUCUUCUCGCAGCUCACCUUUGACCAGACCGACCUGCACCCCUUCAUGGUGAAAAAGCUGGAGGAGCUGCUGGGCAGCAACAAGAUGACCGAGGUGCAGCGGUUGGCAAUUCCAGUCAUUCUCUCCGGAAAGGAUUCCGUCGUCAGGUCGCAGACGGGCAGUGGCAAAACCCUGGCCUACUCCUGUCCAAUCAUCCAGGACUUGCAAUCGAUCGAACCGAAAUUGACCAGGAACGACGGAAUCAGGGCUUUGAUCAUUGUCCCCACCAGGGAAUUGGCCCUUCAGUCCUACGAGUGGCUCUCCAAGUUGACCAAGACUUUCAAUUGGUUGGUGCCAGGCGUUUUGUGCGGCGGGGAAAAGAAAAAGUCCGAGAAGGCGCGCAUGCGCAAGGGCAUCACGCUGCUGGUGUCGACGCCCGGCCGUCUGCUGGACCACCUGACCAACACCCAGAGCUGCAGCCUGAGCAAGGUCAAGCACCUGGUGCUAGACGAGGCCGACAGGCUGCUCGAUUUGGGCUACGAAGAGGACGUGGCCAAGAUCGUGCAGGCGUUGAACGAGCAGGGCUCGGGUUCCGAGGUGCGCCAGACCAUCCUGUUGUCGGCCACGCUUAACGCGGCCGUUGAAAGGUUGGCAGGCCUGGCGCUCAAGGACUCUAAGGUAUUCGUCGACGCCUCCAGUGAAACCGAGCAGGCCGAGUCUGCCGAGACUGAGACCCUGAGCGUCCCUGACUCCCUUGACCAGUGGUUUUUGGCCAUUCCACCCAAGCUGAGGCUCGUCGUCCUUGCCUCCUUCGUCGCUUCAAAGUGUGAGCUGACGAAUCAGCGGAAAAUGUUGAUUUUCUGCGCCACCCAAGACAUGGUUGAUUAUUUGACUCCCCUUCUGGCCUCGGCCCUGUCCCAAAAGGAUACCACCGAGGAGAGCAGCGACGAAGACGACGACGACGAAGAAGCCGAAGCCAAGGAGGAAAAGAAAUCGUCGAUUUUGAGCACAAACAUCCACUUCUUCCGCCUUCACGGGAACAUGACUCAAAAGGACCGAACUGAAACGUUCAAAACUUUCCGCGACACCCAUUCCGGCGUGCUGCUGUGCACGGACGUGGCGUCGAGGGGCCUUGACCUGCCCAGGGUGGACUGGAUCGUCCAGCUGACGGCGCCCCCCACCCCCCAGGACUACGUCCACCGCGUCGGCCGCACGGCCCGCGUCGGACACAAAGGAUCCGCGGUCAUUUUCCUCGCCCUCUCCGAGCUCGGCUACGUCACCAAACUUGAGGAGCAUGGAAUCAGGUUAAAAGAAAUGGACGCCACAAAAGUUUUGGACGAGCUGCUGAAGUUGGUUCCGCGAGAAGUGGAACAGAAAAGGAUCCGCGGCUCUCGACACAAGACCGCGCAGAGGAGUGUUGAGGCUGUGGCCACAGAUCUGCAGGUGCAGUUUGAACAGGCCGUGCUGGACGACAAACAGCUGCACGAGCUCGCCUGCAAAGCGUACGUGUCGUGGGUGCGAUUCUACGCAAGCUACCCUGCCAAGGCCAAGGCGUACUUCCACUACAAGGCGCUGCACCUCGGCCACUACGCCAAGAGCUUCGCCCUCAGGGACGCGCCCUCCAGGAUUGGCGGAAUCGGCAAAAGGAAUUGGGAGAAGGACCAGCAGCAGAGCUCCGAGAGAAGAGAGUUCAGGAGGCCCAACUUGAGCCAACAUCGGAACCUGAAGAAGUCCAAGGACCGAAACCGGGAACUCAUCGUGUCCGAGUACGCGUCUGGAAUUUAAGAAAUUUAGCAACCAUCACCAAACAGCAACGCCAAUUUUGCGUCAUCACACAAGUAAAUAGCGUUUGUGGAAAAUCAUGGCUGGAAUUCCAUCGGAAGCUUGGGCAAUUUCAACUCAACACCGAAAUGGAAAUUGUGGAGGAAAAACGCUGAAAUGUUUGUUGGGAACUUCACAAAAAUCUGCAUUAUUAAUUUUAUUAUUAGAAAAUAAAAUUUAUGUGAAAAUAAAUUAA